AUGCCAUACGAUAUCCCAAAAACUGUUUCAAAAAUUUAUAUUCAUACUGGAAACGUGUUGAAUGCUAACGAAUUGACACAAAAAGCGGGUCAAAAUGCAACUGAAGAGGUAGUUGAAUGUUUAAGCAUUUGUCUGUCCAAGUACCCAUCACCGUUUGCAUUGAACGAAAAAACUGUACAUUUAAAAUGUGAUGAGUGCUACAAUAAUGACAAUGAAGAAGAUUUAGCUCUCAAAACAAGCGUCAAGAUUUUUCUUACCACAAACGAUGUGGAUGUUUUGGAAGAUUCGUUAAAAAAUAUUUUUAAAGAAUUGAAUGAAGAAGUUGUAGAUUCUGUAAUUUUAGCAUUUAAUCAUGGUAAAGAUACCUUGUUAGCAGAUUUGUUAACUCUGUGGUCUAUACUUGAAGGAUAUGUUAACAAACAGAAAAUCACGCGUAUCGGUGUGAGUGACAUUGACACAGAUCUGUUCAUUUCUCUGUACAAUAACUCAAUUAUUAAGCCAACAAUUGUUCAAAUUAAUUUGAACUCUUGUUGUGUUGUACCAGAAGCCCUUCAAGAGUUUACUAAAGAUAAUGAAAUACAGUUAUUGACACACAGUGAUUCAAAAGAAAUCUUACCCCAAUCGUGCUUAGCUGAAGUUUUUGGAGACCAAACUGAACUAAAACAAAAAAUACCUAAACUUGAAUGGAUGAUAAGAUACCUAACUCAUGUUAAGUGUAGAGGAGUCUUAGCAAGUAAAGGAUAUAUUGUAUGUCUUAAAAGAUAA